AUGGCUAAGGAGAAGAUAGUGAUCGUCGGCACCGGCUGGGCGGGCUACACGUUGUCGCAAAAGCUCGACGACAAGAAAUUCGAGAUCAUUGUGAUUUCACCAGAGGAUACUUCGCCAUACACGCCACUACUAGCUAGUGCAGCAUGUGGACUAUUUGACUUCUCCCUUGCUGAGGAGCCCAUCAGACACAAGAGCAGGCAGCUCACGUAUCUACAAGCGCGAGUUGAAGAUGUCGACUUCCAUACCAAGACAUGCAAAUGUAUGUCUGCCUGUGAUGAUGUACGUGCUGGCGAGGGCCGGGCGUUCGAAGUCAGUUAUGAUCGAUUGAUCUUGGCACCAGGAUGCGUCACGAACACCUUCCGCACGCCGGGAGCAGACAAACACAGCUUCUUCGUGCGCAAUGUCGCCGACGCAAAGAAAGUCCAACAUCGCCUCAAGCAGCUUCUCGAGCUCGCCUCCCUGCCCGGCAUGAGUGAAGAAGAACAGCGCGGCUUACUCCAUAUCAUCAUAGUCGGCGGCGGUCCAACAGGAGUAGAACUCGCAGCCGAGAUGUCCGACCUCUUCAACGACGACUUCUCGAAACUCUACCCGGACCUCAAGGGUAGAAUGAGUAUAACAAUCCACGAUGCCGCACCUUUUAUCCUCGGAGCCUUCGAGGAAGCGCUACGCAAGCACUCCUUGGAGAGUUUCUCGAAGCGACAUGUAACUGUGAUCACUGGUUCGAAGAUCAAGAAGGUGGAGGUUGAUAGCAUUACCACCGAAGCCGAAGGCAGCAUAGCCUGCGGGAUGAUCUUGUGGACGGCGGGGAAGAAGCAAAUCAUGACAGACGACUACCUCCACGUCUUGACCCCAAGACCCGAGCAAGAACCCAUGCGAGACGUCUUCGCACUCGGCGACGCAGCAGAUAUCAAGAAGUACUUCCUGCCUACUACCGCGGAAGUGGCGGUGCAGAAAGCAGAGUAUCUCGUGCGCGUACUCAAUAACAGCAGCAACGCGGCGUCGCCAGCGCCAUUCGAGUACAAGCAGAAAGCUCUGGUGGCUUACAUAGGUGGCCAUGAUGGUGUGGUGCAUGGGCGACCCGAGUGGAGCGGGCCUAGAGCGUGGGCGGCGUGGCGAAGUAAAAACUUGCUGUGGACCAGGAGUUGGAGGCGGAAGUUCAUGAUUACGAUAUACUGGGCGCUGGACUGGCUGGGUGGGAAGGAGAUUGCAAGGGCUUGA